AUGAAUGGACUUAGAAGGCGCCUGCCCCCUCUUCAGACGUGUCCUCGACAACUUGGCGGUUCUUCGGUCUUCGCUUUUUUGGGAGUGGGAGUGCUUGGUCUUAGGGGUUUCAUUUUCCACAACCAAUUCGGUUGUGUUAACCCUGAGAUUGGUCUAACAUUUUGUUAUGAGUUGGAUGGACAAAGAUGGAUUGAAGGUAAGAUAGAUUUGAGUUCAAGUGGCACAGGUCCUUCAAUCGACCAUAGGGCGUAUUCUACCCUUAUCGAGGAAGCACG